AUGGACGGGGACGGAGGUGCCGGACUGGGCGGCGCGGCGAGGGAGACGCCCGCCGGCCUGGGCGACGCGCCGAGGGAGCCCCCCGCUGGCCUGGGCGCUGCGGAGAUGGAAGGGGCAACCCCCGCCGACCUGGGCGGCGCCUCGCGGGCGGACCCUGCCGGCCUGGCCACCGUGCCGCGGGCGGACCCCGCCGGCCUGGGCAGGACGUCGCGGGCGGCCCCCGCCGGGCUGGGCGGCGCCUCGCGAGCGGCCCCCGCCGGUCUGGCCACCGCGCCGAAGGCGGCCGCCGCCGGUCUGGCCGGCGCGCCGAGGUUUGGCCGGCGCGCAUCAAAGAGAAAUGCUCCUGACACGGUAAUGGAGUGUUCUCAAUUAGAUGUAUAUAAAUUUAUCAGUGGCUUUGAGAUUGUCUAG